CAUAUCCUGUGGGGCUCAGCUGUGUGGAAAACAGAGAACCAACUGGAAGCUGUUCAUUCAUCCCAGCGCGAGGCUACUAGCACCGCGCGAGCCUGUAUGAGCACCACCAGCGUUAGCCACUUAGCUAGCAAAGUAGCUAGACAUUCAGCUGGCUUUCACACUAAAAUGGCUCACUUGAAGCAUAAAAAAUGGCUGUACAAGAUGUGAAACUGUGCCUGCAGUGCGUGAACCAGCAGGGAUUCAGACAAUCAUCAGUGGUGCAGUGGACGUGGUGGCUUUGCAAUAAGGAUCAUGUGGUGGGCCUGGCCGUUCCUGCCUGCUCUGGUGCUCCUCUCAGAGCUCUCUGUGGUCAGAGUCCAGACCGCACCAUGCCAGACCUGUCGAAAACUCACAGAGAGUUUCAUUAAGGGCUUGGAGAGAACAGCCAACAAGAACUUCGGGGGAGGAAACACUGCCUGGGAAGAGGAAAAGCUGGCUAAGUAUGCACGCAGUGAGACUCGGCUCCUAGAGAUAGUAGAAGCUGCUUGUGAGAAAGCAGAUUUUGAAUGUAACCGGCUGCUGGAGCAGAUAGAGGACCAGGUGGAGACAUGGUGGUUCCACAGGCAGCAGGAGGCACCAGACUUGUUUGAAUGGCUGUGCAUAGAAGAGCUGAGACUCUGCUGUCCACCUGGACGCUUUGGACCAGACUGCAAAGAGUGUCCAUCCGAUGCUGGUGGUGUGUGUGGGGGCCUGGGCCGCUGCGAAGGGGAGGGGACUCGUCUCGGAGAUGGAGAAUGUGUCUGUGAUCCUGGAUAUUCGGGCAAUCUGUGUCAGAGCUGUGCUGAUGGCUACUACAGAGAGAAAAGCUCCAACGACAGCAAAGGAGCCUGUGCAGCUUGCUACCACUCAUGUAAGAAAUGCGCAGGGCCACAGGACUACAAAUGCCUCGACUGCAAACCUGGCUGGAUCCUUCAUGACAACAAGUGCGUGGACAUUGACGAGUGUGGAACAGAGCUGGCCCGUUGUCCUUCUAACACCUACUGUCACAACACUGAAGGAUCAUAUGAAUGCAGAGGCUGUGACCAGGCGUGUGUGGGCUGCAUGGGAAGUGGUCCUGCCCGCUGUAAGAAAUGUGCACGUGGCUACAAAUUAAACGGAGCAAAGUGUCUCGAUAUAGAUGAAUGUAGUGAUCGGGCAAUAGCGUGCCCCGGACUCAAUGAGGCCUGUAUCAAUGAGGAGGGCUCCUUCCACUGUGACUGUGCUGAGGGAUUCAUCAGAAGAGACAGCAUCUGUGUUGAGAAUAAGCCUCCUGCCGGCCCAGAGAAGGGGCUGUUUGACGACAUGACAGAUGACGAGGUCCUUGUACUGCAGCAGAUGUUCUUUGGCGUUGUAAUCUGUGCCAUAGCUACGCUCGCUGCUAAGGGUGACAUGGUUUUCACGGCCAUUUUCAUCGGAGGUGUAGCUGCCAUGGCCGGUUACUGGCUGACAGAAAAGGGAGACUACAUGCUGGAUGGAUUUCUGAAGGGACGCUAGACUGUCCAGGGCCAGGAGAAAGGACACUGGAAUACCGGCCAGUUAAGGUGAAUAAGACUCAACUGAGAGCAGGAAACUAUCACUGCAAUGCUAUCCUUUCAGGGAUUUACUUGGGGAGUUACUUGAAAGGGCUUGGGUUUAUUUAUGUUACUAAAUAGGAUAACGCAGGAAAAGGUGAGAACUUGAAGGCUAUGAAGCCGCGAAUCUUGAAGAGGAAUAACAAAGCAACACUGCACUGAUAAAAAGGAAGUGAACUUAAUCCCCUACCUCAACUUUGUUGGGAACAAGGGUGACAUGAAGACCACUACUGAUUGUUAAACGCUAUUAUGCAUUUGGAUGUCUCAUGGCCUCAAUGUUGAAAUGAUGUCGUUUUCUUCCACACAAUCAAAACCUCCCGUCCAUCACGCCUGCCAUGUUUUUCAUAUCUCAAUGCCGUAAAGCAGAGGGUUUCCCAUCGGCUGAGUGAUAUGUAAAUUUUGGCUGUGUCGAGUCACUGCAACGCUCAAGAUUCUUGCAACGGGCAUGUUGUCAGAUAAGGGAAUUUUUAGCAAUUUCCUCAAUGACCCCAAAAAGAAAGCUCAUUGAAACUCUGGGAUAUUUCCAUUACGAGUCACUUAUUUAUGUUCACAGAAUGACUUUUUACCUCCUAACUUACCGAAUGAUUCUUUUUAGUGAUAAUGCAUGAAAACAGGAUUUGAAACAAAAGGUACUUUACCGUAUAUAUUAAUUUAUUGUCGUAUUUUGGCAUGGAAGACUGACUUCAACAGCUGCUGGAUCACCCACACUACUGAUACUGAUAGUGUGUGUGUGUGUGUGAGGGAAUGUGCUUCGGUAAAUAACCAGAUCCGAUCUGGAUGAUUAAAGCCAUUUUCUGUUGCCUUUAAUUUAUUUUGAAAGCAAUAUUUAUUGGGAAGGUGUUUAUCAUGUUUUGCUCCUGACAUUUCCUCUGUGUAUUUUUGUGUGCAUUUUCAAUGCAGUUUUUUUUAGUGGGUUUAAUUGUAAUUCUAGCAGAUAUAGUAGCAUCAUGUUAGAAAACCACUGAAGCAUCACUUUUUACCCAACCAUCUACUUUGUCUUUAGUUUUCAUGUGUAGAAAGUUUUACCACAAAGUCGUUCUCUGUUAUAGAUGUUUGCUUUACAAUAAAAAGUCUGUCACUCA